AUGAGACAACCAGCCAGACAGAAGGAUGAAGCCAUCGAGGCACGCCGAGAGCGAAACCGCCGAGCCCAGCAAGUCUUUCGCCAGCGUCGACAGGCCAGCAAGGAGGCACAGCGGUGCCGAAUCCAGCAGCUCGAGAAUACGGUUGAGGAGCUGAGCAACGUCAUUAUAAGCUUCUGCGACGAGAUGAUCGGGACCGAGGAGGUUGCGAGGGAACAAAGGUUAAUGGCUCGACUCCAGCGCUGCACGGCGCAGGCUCUCGUCCUAGCAAGGUCAGCUUCCAACACAAACGCAAACUACACGGCUCGAGAGAUAGAAGACGAUGAGCGGAAGACGGAAGAAUACAAGUACCCGACUAAGAAACCGAACCAGAAGAUUGUGGAUUCCACCCUGCCACGGGCAUCUUCAUGUCAUAGCCACGACAGCGCCCACGCAAUGACGCCCCCCCUCAUUGACCAAGCUUGGCUUCAGACGCACCAACAUGACAUGGACACCAGCUCUUCUUUCCCGCUCCAUCUUGUCGAGACGACCCUCUCCCGAGCAUAUCUGUACCUCAAUGGCGAUGUUCACAUAGCGGCCGAAGACAUGGAGCGCGCAUUCGGUCACUCGCUGCGCCUCCAUACACACCAGCAGGUCUUGGCCCACCUGCGGUGGCUGCUCGGGGCGGGCAAGGACAAGAUGCGUCAAGCGACGGGAAUCAACUGGAGUACAAAGGCCUGGGCUGAUGGCGGUGACAGCACGGAUCUGUUUUGGCCGUUCAAAGAGGAUGGCAGUAUCGGCACAGAUGAUGGAUCGGAAGACGACUCACAGCCCGAGUUUCUCACCGCCCUAGGCGUCCAGGAGCAACUCGAGAGCCUUGGGGCCAAGGUCCUUGGCUCAGACUUGAUGGAGUUGAGCAUCAGCGGAUACGAAUCGCUUCAGAUCUACAGCAGCGCAGACUCAGGCCCUGCUUCGCUUGGUGCUGUUCGACCCGCACGCGCUCCUAGCUCGGUGGGAUCGGCCGCCUUGAUAGUGUGGCUAAACACAUCUCUUCUCACAACCAACCUGGCCGACCUCGCCAUGUGCUUGGAGAAGGGACCUGUAUAUCCGCGCCACGGGGUUGCUAGGGCAGUAGAAGCAUCUGUGAUAAUGGCUCAUGGGGGGUGA